AAGGAGAAAGAUCAUAUUCUGGAUUUUCUGGCAAGAGAAGUCACUUGUUCUGUCUGUCUCAUGAUCCCAAGAACUAAGAAGAUACCUAUCUGUAGGAAUGGGCACACUACCUGUAAAACAUGUAAAAGGAUGGAAUGCCCAGUCUGUAGAACUAGAAUAGAAGACGACAUGUUCUCUCCUCUAACCCUGAACAUCACAGAUCUGUUGGCAGUAUCCUGCAUAUUCAUGGAUCAGGGGUGCACCAUCAAACUCAAGAAGAAAGAGAUUGUUAACCAUGAGAAGAAAGAAUGCAAAUUUAGAAAACUUCCAUGUCAAGGGUGCAAAGUGAAGUUUGAAGCGUUUACCCUCCCCAAUCAUUUUCUAAAUUGUUCAAAGACUCUAUGUGAAGAAGAUGUGAAGUUGGUUGAGACAAACACUUAUCAUUAUUAUCUUUAUACCCAGAUAGUCUCCUGUGAACCAUCUGUAUUCAAGCUUGAGAAUUCAAAGAACUGGUUUUUACUCUGUGCUGAUGUUUUGGAAGAUAGAUUAUUGUUCUAUAUAAAGCAUUAUAGUGGAGAGGAGAGGAAGGAAACAUUCAGCUAUGAUCUUAAGAUCUUCAAUGAAGGCAAAACAUUCACCAGGUCAAUGAGUGGAGUGUGUACUCCUAUUGAUAUGGAAAUCGUAGAUGCCAAGAAGGGAGGAUUUACUCUUGAUGUAAAUAUUGAAGCAAUGGCAAAAAUGUGCAUCUGCAUAGAUAAGGAAUACAAUUUUGGCUGGAAAGUUGAGAUCAAUUUGUUCCAAACUGAUUCUUAAACAUUAUUAGCUGAAAGUUAGCCUUUUUCAGUAUUCCAAUCUCUGAUCUACAGAUACAGAUUUCAAAAGUCGUUAAUUGAUUUAUUGUCAGCCAAAAACUAUUCAAUAAAUCAGGAUUUUCAGCUUU